AUGGGCACCGGGCGUUGGCCCGUGCCGCCCCGGGCCACGGCCGCCGGGGCGCCCCCGGUCAACUCGAAGCUGGUCAGUAAGCGGUCGCGGGUGUUCCAGCCGCCGCCGCCGCCGCCCGCCCCGUCGGGGGAUGCCCCCGCCGAGAAAGAGCGCGGCCCCGCCGGGCAGCAGCCCCCGCAGCACCGAGUGGCCCCCGCCCGGCCGCCCCCCAAGCCCCGGGAGGUGCGCAAGAUCAAGCCGGUGGAGGUGGAGGAGAGCGGGGAGUCGGAGGCCGAGGCGGCGCCUGGGGAGGUGAUCCAGGCGGAGGUGACAGUCCACGCGGCCCUGGAGAAUGGCAGCACCCGGGCCACCGCGGCCAGCCCGGCACCCGAAGAGCAGAAGGCCCCGGGGGCCCCCGAGGAAGAGGCGGCGGCCGCGGGGGCGCCUGAGCGAGGGGUGGGCAAUGGCCGGGGCCCGGAGGUGGCCCCGGAGGAGGCGGAUGAGUCCAAGAAGGAGGACUUCUCCGAGGCGGACUUGGUGGACGUGAGCGCCUACAGCGGGCUCGGGGAGGACUCCGGGGGCAGUGCCCUGGAGGAGGACGAUGAAGACGACGACGAGGAUGGGGAGCCCCCCUAUGAGCCCGAGUCGGGGUGCAUGGAGAUCCCGGGGCUGUCGGAGGAAGAGGACCCGGUUCCCAGCCGGAAGAUCCAUUUCAGCACGGCGCCCAUCCAAGUGUUCAGCACCUACUCCAACGAGGACUACGAUCGUCGCAACGAGGACGUGGACCCCAUGGCGGCCUCUGCGGAGUAUGAGCUGGAGAAGCGGGUGGAGCGGUUGGAGCUGUUCCCUGUGGAGCUGGAGAAGGACUCCGAGGGCUUGGGCAUCAGCAUCAUCGGCAUGGGGGCCGGGGCAGACAUGGGCCUGGAGAAGCUGGGCAUCUUCGUCAAGACUGUGACUGAGGGCGGUGCAGCCCAUCGGGACGGCAGGAUCCAGGUGAACGACCUCCUGGUGGAGGUGGACGGAACCAGUCUGGUGGGAGUGACCCAGAGCUUUGCAGCCUCCGUGCUCCGGAACACCAAGGGCCGCGUGCGGUUUAUGAUUGGCCGGGAGCGGCCCGGUGAGCAGAGCGAGGUGGCUCAGCUCAUUCAGCAGACCCUGGAACAGGAGCGAUGGCAGCGAGAGAUGAUGGAGCAGAGAUACGCCCAGUAUGGGGAGGAAGAUGAGGAGCUCCAGAUCAAGCAUGCUGUGACUGAGGCAGAGAUCCAGCAGCUGAAAAGAAAGCUGCAGAGCCUGGAGCAGGAGAAGGGGCGGUGGCGGGUGGAGAAGGCCCAGCUGGAGCAGAGCGUGGAAGAGAACAAGGAGCGCAUGGAGAAGCUGGAGGGCUACUGGGGUGAGGCCCAGAGUCUGUGCCAAGCUGUGGAUGAGCACCUGCGGGAGACCCAGGCCCAGUACCAGGCCCUGGAGCGCAAGUACAGCAAGGCCAAGCGCCUCAUCAAGGACUACCAGCAGAAGGAGAUCGAGUUCCUGAAAAAGGAGACGGCACAGCGCCGGGUUCUGGAGGAGUCGGAGCUGGCCAGGAAGGAGGAGAUGGACAAGCUCCUGGACAAGAUCUCAGAACUGGAAGGAAACCUGCAAACACUGAGGAAUUCCAAUUCUACUUAGCAGGAAUCUUUCCUUGACCAGACAAUAACUAACCCCUCCCAUUGUCCUCCCUCCCGUCCUCAAUAUUUCACCCCACCCCCUACCAGCCUGGGGACAGGUGCCCCGACUCCCCCACUCCUCUGCCCCACCUCCCCCAGCUUCAGGGACCAGAGGGCCCAUAUCACAGGCCCCAUUGUGGUGGCCCCGGGCAGACAGGUGGCUGGACGGAUGGCCUCCUUCUUACUUCAUGGGGCUGAGGCACAGAGGCCGAGGGAUGCUGAGGGCUGGCCUGGGUGGUGGAUGGACACAAGGAUCUGCAGACCAAACUGCCAGACUUUACAACCUCCAGCCUUUGUCUCUGGACUGGAAUGGGGCUGAGGGCUCUCCCAGCAUUUCACCACCUGGAGGCUGCUCCCUGCCCACAGGGCUCCUUGACUUGAGAUUCUACCUUUUUGGCCCCCCCCUCCCCCAUCAUUGUGCUGUCUCUGUUUCAUUCUGAUCCUCCUACUGGAAGGGGUUGCCUCCACACCUUCUCCCAUUCCUGUCUCCCCUCCCAGGAGGGACUGAGUCCACCCCAGAGCCCGGAGGCUGGGCCUGGCCCUGCACUGAUGUCUCAUGUGUCCUUCAGGAAAAGGGGAGUAAGAGCAGGGAGAGGGGGCAGAAGCCCUCAGUUUCUCCUUGUGCCUCCCACCUGCCCUUCCCUGGUGCCAAAUAGCCAUAACCUCUUCCUGGAACUGUUCUGUGGCCUCGCGGGUCGUUUCCUGUCCAACCCUGGGAAUUCUGGGGAUGAGAGGAAAUCAGCUUGGGGGCUGGCUGCAGAGACCUGCUCUUAGGCAAGAGAAACAUUUCUUCCUGAGAGCCAGGCCCUGCCCUGCCCAGGGCCACACAUGGAAGCCUUGUACUAACACCAGAGAUUCAGCCUCACCCACCCACACCCACACCCACACCCACACCCACACCCACACCCUUCCAAUGUUUUGACUGGAGGGCAACAUUUUACUAAACUUUUUGGAGACCAGG